AUGUGUCCUUCAACGCUAGCAGCAGUCGCCAUUUUUCUGAUUCUCCUAGCAUCCCUUUGCUCACUUCUCCGCCACCCAAAACACAUCAAACAAGAUCAAAACCUCCCACCAGGUCCUCGGCCCUUACCCAUAAUCGGAAACCUCCACACUCUCGCCGCCGGCAAGAAGCUCCCCCACCGCACUCUCGCUAACUUAGCCAAAGCGUACGGCCCCCUCAUGUCAAUCCGGCUCGGCCUUGUCCCAUGCGUCGUCGUUUCAUCUCCCGAAACCGCUGAGCUCGUUCUCAAGACCCACGACACCGUUUUCGCCAGCCGGCCGAGAGUCCGGACAACGGAGAUAAUCUCCGAUGGAAAAGGCGUGACCUUUGCGGAGUACGGCGCGUACUGGCGAAACGCGAGGAAGCUGUGCACUCUGCAAUUGUUGAGUGCGUCGAAAGUGGAGAUGUUUGGUGGAAUGAGGAGGGUGGAGGUGAGGAAGAUGGUGGAGUUGGUGAAGGAGGAGGCGGCGGAGAAGAAGGUGGUGGAUGUUAGCGAGAAAGUUGGUGAAGUUGGGGAGAAGAUGACGUUCAGAAUGGUUUUAGGGAGAGAUAAAGAUGAUAGAUUUGAUUUAAAGGGAAUUAUUCAUGAAAUUAUGGCCUUGGCUGGAGCUCUUAAUAUUGCAGAUUUUCUCCCAGUUCUUGCUCCGUUUGAUCUUCAGGGAUUGAGAGGACGAUCGAAGGCAAUAAGUAAACGUAUUGAGGAAGCUCUAGAUAAAAUUAUAGGGGAGCAUGAAGAAAACAAAAGUAUAAAACGAAAAGAGAAGAUGGAUUUUAUUGAUGUAAUGCUUUCAUUAUUGGAUAAUCAAAAUGAUGAUGAGCAGCAGCAGUCAUAUAAAAUGUAUAAAGCAAACAUGAAAGCAAUAUUACUCGACAUGAUUGCGGGAGCAUUCGACACUUCUAAAACGAUCAUCGAGUGGUGUUUAUCGGAACUUUUAAGGCAUCCAAAAACAAUGUCGCGUCUUCAAAAAGAGCUAGACAACAUAGUUGGAAAGCAAAGAAUGGUAGAAGAAACAGAUUUAAACAAGUUGACUUAUUUAGACAUGGUUAUAAAAGAAAGCUUUAGAUUGCACCCAGUUGGAGCUUUACUUUUGCAUGAAUCCAUGGAAGAUAUAAUCAUCAAUGGAUAUUAUAUACCGAAGAAGUCAAGAGUUAUGAUCAAUGUUUGGGCUAUUGGUCGAGAUCCGAUGGUGUGGUCAGACAAUGCGGAGGAAUUUAUCCCGGAGAGAUUUGCCAGGAGUGAAGGAGUUGACCUCCGAGGACAUGAUUUUAGACUUCUUCCAUUUGGAUCCGGACGGAGAGGGUGUCCUGGGAUGCAAUUAGGUUUAACAAAUGUUCAAUUGAUUAUAGCACAAUUGGUUCAUUGCUUUAAUUGGGAACUACCUGAUGGCAUGUUGCCCAAGGAUUUGGACAUGACUGAGCAAAUGAACCUGGUGCUGCACAGAGCUAAUCACUUGUUCGCCAAGCCAACCUAUCGCUUGCUUUGUUAA